UGCUAUGUGCAUGUCCGCCAUAUUGAAAGCUUUUGCAAAUCGCUAUGGGUCGAUCCAGGAGUAGAAGUAGAUCUUCUAGUAGACAAAGGCAUCGUUCCAAACACAAGAAAAGACGCACACGAUCUAGAUCAAAAUCUAGGGAAGCAAGAUCUUCGGUGUCAAACAGACACAGUACAAGCAGAAACCGUUCAAGGUCAAGAGACAGAAAGAGAAGUAGAAGAGAAAGAAAGAGAACCCCAUCAUCAAGUAGUUCCAGUAGCGAUGAUGAUUUAAUAAUAAGGGCAAAGCGAAGAGAAGAGGAGGAGAAAAAAGCUGAGCUAGAAAGACAAAGAUUAAAACGACAGAAAGAACUAGAAGAAAAGUUAAUUGAAGAAGAAGUAGCCAGGAGAGUUGAGGAACUGGUUGCCAAGCGGGUGGAAGAGGAGCUAGAGAGGCGCAAAGAUGAGAUCGAGGCUGAGGUGCGGAGGCGGGUGGAAGAGGCCAAGAAAAUCAUGGAAAAACAAAUGCUAGAGGAGCUUGAACGUCAAAGAGAGGCUGAGCUAGAGGCUCAGAAAAAGAAAGAGGAGGAAGAGAAACUAAAACGCAAGGAGUUAGAGGAAAUUAUGGCAGAAAAUAAUAAAAAGAUUGAAGAGGCACAAAAGAAAUUGGCUGAAGAACAAUUAAAACUUGUUGAAGAACAGAGACGCAUGCUAGAGGAGAAACAACGAAUGGAAGAGGAGGACAGAAAACGUAAAAAGCGUGAACAAGAAGUCAUUCUGAACAAAAAGAACGCCAGACCCAAACUGUCUUUCAGUUUAGGGGGAAAAUAGCAUCGCCUCAUGUUGUUUUUUUAUUUGUGCCGACAUAAUGAAGGAGUGAAAUAGUGUCAGCAAGAUCUGAAAGAGCCGUUGUCCUCUUCCUUCUGUGUAUGUGAAAUAUAUAUGUGAAUUGUAUGUGUAUACCUUACAGAAAGGAAUCAUUUACCUGCCAAGGGAUUUUUUUUUUUACCUGGGGAGCUGGACGGGGUAUGGGGGGGGAGGGGGGGGGGGGAGUAGGGCUGCACAACAGAUGAGAAGGAGGAUUUUACAUGAUGCAACUUCACAUUUAUUGUUUUGUAUUUGUUUUGAAAUACAUUUUCAGGUGUAAUAGGUCUGUGUGCAUCAUGUGAAGUCCUUAUAUCAUCUCACAGUGCAUGAUACUUUGACAGAAAUCACCCUCAUAACUUAAUUAUUAUCAUAUGGAAAUAAAAUUGAUAAAGUA